AUGUCAUCGAAAAACUAUAAAUUGAUUCAUUAGAAAAUUCCAAAUACUACACGUUAUAGGGAUGAUCAAUUACCAAUCAACAAUAAAUACUAUGUUCGAUUAACAUAAGAUUCCACCAGAGUUCUAGAUUUGAUUGAUAAGGAUAAAUAAAUUCCACAUUUAUCAAUGAUUGAUCGAUUUUGGGGACAAAAAACACAAAGAUUACCAGAACCUAUUCAUUAAGAAGAAAAGCAUGUAAGAGGAGAAGAAAGAAACACUGCCUUAAAUCGAAUAAAAAACUGA